AUGGCGACCCAGCAAGUGGGCAGCAGGAGGCAGGUGGCAGCAGAGCAGGUGACAGCCCAGCUGCUUGAACGGAGAAGGGGCAGCCAGUGUGAGGACAAGAAGCAGACUCUGUUGACAUUGCUGAUCUUGGUGCUGUACUUGAGCACAGGGAUAUCGGGAAGCAGCUGGGAGGUGUCAGAAAGGAUCCGAGACUGUAACUACUACCAGAAUCUUGGCGAUUCCCAGGGGCUUGAAUAUCAGACCAACGAGCCCUCGGAAGAACCCAUAAAGGCCAUCAGGAACUGGUUGAAGGAGAAUUUGCAUGUCUUCUUGGAGAAGCUAGAGAAAGAGGUGCUAGAGCUGGAGCAGCUCGUGCGGGACCUGGAACUGUGGCUGGAUGUUCUUCUGGGAGAGUCGCACCUGGAGGAGCACUGCUCCACACUUAAAAGUCACAUGUGA